AUGGAAGGUAGUACUGAUAUAGUAACCCUGAAGUUAAAUAUUCUGGUUGACACUGGAAGCAGUAAUUUUGCUGUAGCAGGUGUGCCUGAUCCUGAUGUCACCUCCUACUUCAAUGCGGAGCUGUCAAGUACAUACAAAUCUCAAGGGAUUGAUGUCACAGUUAAGUACAGUCAAGGAAGCUGGACUGGAGUGCUGGGUACAGAUGUCAUUACUAUCCCAAAAGGAAUCAAUGGCAGCUACACGAUCAACAUUGCUACCAUUCUUGAAUCAGAGAAUUUCUUCUUACCAGGGGUUAAAUGGCAUGGAAUUCUUGGUCUUGCCUAUGAUGCCCUAGCCAAGCCUUCAAGUUCUGUGGAGACAUUCUUCGAUUCUCUUGUGAGGCAGGCCAAGAUUCCCAACAUUUUCUCCUUGCAGAUGUGUGGCGCUGGGCUGCCUGUUUCUGGAAGUGGUACCAACGGAGGUAGUCUUGUUCUGGGUGGAAUUGAACCAAGUCUGUACAGGGGUGAUAUUUGGUACACACCGAUCAAAGAGGAGUGGUAUUACCAGGUUGAGAUUCUCAAACUGGAGGUUGGAGGACAGAACCUUGAAUUGGACUGCAGAGAGUAUAAUGCUGAUAAGGCAAUAGUAGACAGUGGGACUACACUCCUCCGUCUACCCCAGAAAGUCUUCAAUGCUGUUGUGCAAGCAAUAGCUCGCACAUCCCUGAUACAAGAAUUCUCUUCUGGUUUCUGGACUGGUUCACAGCUUGCAUGCUGGGAUAAAACUGAAAAACCAUGGUCCCUAUUUCCCAAACUGUCCAUUUACCUGAGGGAUGAAAACUCCAGUAGGUCAUUUCGGAUCACUGUUCUACCACAGCUUUACAUUCAACCCAUCCUUGGAAUAGGAGACAAUUUACAGUGCUACCGAUUUGGCAUCUCUUCCUCCACAAAUGCUUUAGUUAUUGGUGCUACAGUCAUGGAAGGCUUCUAUGUAAUAUUUGACAGAGCCCAGAAGAGAGUGGGCUUUGCAGUGAGUCCUUGUGCAGAAGUUGAUGGCUCUCCAGUAUCUGAGAUUGAAGGCCCCUUCACAACUGCAGAUGUUGCAAGCAAUUGUGUUUCUAGCCUUACAUUCCGUGAACCAGUGCUGUGGAUUGCCUCCUAUGCUCUCAUGAGCCUGUGUGGAAUUAUCCUCCUAGUACUGACCAUCCUGCUGCUUAUCCCACCACGAUGUCAGCAUCGCUACACUGACAAUGACGUGGUCAAUGAUGAAUCCUCCUUAGUGCGUCAUCGAUGGAAAUGAAAAACUUGAUCGUGAAACCUGGGACUCAGAAUGAAGAACAAAGUACUUUGCCAAGGGGAAUAAGCCAAUGCCUCAGUCCUUUCUACGGUCACUACAAAUUGCUGUUGAAAUCCUGCCAAAUAUCCUGCAUCUUAACUUUUUAAGCUUUAUUUUCUAACACUGAUUCUGAACCAAAGCACUGUUUACCACCUUUGAAGUGCUACAGUACUGGGUUUGCUACUGCUGUACUAUGAGCCUUUAUGCUCUCAACAGUACCUUCUUUUAACAA